GGCCGACUUACGUGGAGGAGGAGGAGGAGAAGCAGGAGCAGUCAGUCAGUCUACUCAGGUCCGUCCUUUGUCCUCUUCUCCUGGACCCCGACACAUGCAUGGGGUCAUCGCGGGCUGUGACGGCUGCCUCGGACGCGGACGCACGCACAGCCGGUGAAGGAGCGCGCGCGCACCCGCCCGCGCGUUAAUUAGGAAAACCUGGUUGAGCAAUUAAAGCACGAGGAGGAGAGGAGACGCGCGCCGCGGAGCGCAGAAGAUAAAGCGGUUCGAGUUAGUUUGGGAAAACUUCACGAAAGAUUCACGAGCUGAGACGAAGGCUGGAUUCCGCUCCUGACGCAUGAGAGAGCUGAUUUAGCUCCCCGAUCACCUUUUGCAUCAUGAGCUGGAGUUUCCUAACCCGUCUGCUGGACGAGAUCUCCAACCACUCCACCUUCGUGGGGAAGAUCUGGCUCACAGUGCUCAUCAUCUUCCGCAUCGUGCUGACUGCCGUCGGGGGUGAAACCAUCUACUACGAUGAACAGAGCAAAUUCAUCUGCAACACCAAUCAGCCCGGGUGUGAGAACGUGUGCUACGAUGCCUUCGCGCCGCUCUCACACGUCCGAUUCUGGAUCUUUCAGGUAAUCAUGAUCACGACACCAACGAUCAUGUACCUGGGCUUCGCCAUGCACAAGAUCGCCCGCAUGGAAGACACGGAGUACAGGCCGAGUCGGAACCUGAAGAAGAGGAGGAUGCCCAUCGUGAGCCGUGGGGCGGUUCGGGACUACGAGGAGGCAGAGGACAAUGGAGAGGAAGACCCAAUGAUCGCCGAGGAAAUUGAACAAGAGAAGCCUGACAAAGCAGAAAAAGGCGCAGAGAAAAAACAUGACGGUCGUCGGCGGAUCAUGCGCGACGGCUUGAUGAAAGUCUACGUGUGCCAGCUGAUGUGGCGCUCUGCCUUUGAGAUCGCCUUCCUCUUUGGCCAGUACGUCCUCUAUGGCUUCGAGGUGAUGCCCUCCUACAUCUGCACUCGCUCCCCGUGCCCACACACCGUGGACUGCUUUGUCUCCCGCCCCACGGAGAAGUCCAUCUUCCUGCUGGUCAUGUAUGUGGUGUCCUUCCUCUGCCUUCUCCUCACCGUCCUGGAAAUCCUCCACCUGGGCAUCGGCGGCAUCCGCGACGCCUUCCGCAACAGGCGCGCCGCCCUCGGCCAGCGCGGCGCCAGGCCGCUCGCGUCGGGCGCCCUGCCGACUGCCCCACCGGGCUACCACGCCACCAUGAAGAAGGAGAAACUAAAAGGAGACCUGAGGGAUUCGCCCAUGGCCGACUCCGGGAGGGAGAGUUUUGGGGAAGAGGUGGAGCGGUUGAGGAGGCACCUGAAGUUGGCACACCAGCACCUUGAACUGGCCUACCAGAGGGACGAGGAGAGCCCGUCACGAAGCAGCAGCCCGGAGGUCAACACCUCCGCACAGACGGCUGCCGAGCAGAACCGCCUCAACUUCGCCCAGGAGAAGCAGGGAGAGGCGACCGAGAAAGGAAUACAUGCCUGAGCGUGCUUCCUGCCCCCAAACGUCUGUUCUUCCAUUCCUACUGGCCUUAAACACAUGGGGGAAGCACAUAUGGGAAUGCAGUCAGACCACUGAGGGGAGACCAACGUGUGUGUGUGUGUGCGCGCGCGCAUGCGUGUUUGUGUGUGUGUGUGUGUGUGAGUGUGUGUGUGUAUGCGGGGCAUGAGAGAAAUGAGCCUUUCAGUAUUAGGGGUCCGUUUAAAAAGAAAAAAAGAGGAAAAAUGCAGACUGAGCCGUGUUGUGACGCACGGUUCAUCUCCACGUCUGUAAACUUGAAAGCCUGCCACAUCUCAUUUCCGUUUCACCAGCCUACGUCCAAACUCAGACGUGGUCUACACCCUGCUCUUUCACCCGCUCCUGUAUUUUUUUUUUUUGUUGCCAUAAAGUAAUCCCGGGCCGUUUUCAGCGCUGCCUUCAGAUUCAAACUCGUCCAGCUUCAGAGAGGCUUCUCUAGAUAAUAAUGUCAAUGUGUCGAGGCUUGUUUAGCCUCGGAGGGAAAUCUCAAACAACACAGCCGUGGGUCAUGUCAUUUCUGGAGUGUUUGCAGCAGGCCUAACCUGCACCAGAUGAGUCAUGUUUAAUUUAAACCGAUUUGAUGUUUGGAAGUUAUUGUUUCUUUUGUCAGAAGCCACACAUUUCACAAUUGUUUGACAGGUAUUUGGACUUGUGUGUUUAUUCCAAUCGGCCAAAAAUGUUUACCUGGGGAAUGCUUGAAUUCUUAAUGAGCAACAAAUGUUCCAAGAACUUUCCAAGAAUAAGUUUUUGUACCAUCAGUUUUCUUUUUUACCAGUGCCUUUUUUUUUCUUUAUUAUGAUGAUGAUAAUAAUAAUAAUAAUAAUAAUAAUAAUAAUAAUGAUCACCCCCAUUUAUAGACGAGUUGCUUAUGUCUAGAAAGAGUGGGCAUCACAAACGCCACAUGUUCCACAGGACUGCUGAGAAGUAGGCACUUAACUGUUAGCAAUCUUCUUUUUUUUUUUUUUCCUUCCUCUCAAUUGUGUUCUAUAAAGCUGGUUCAUAUUGUUUUCCUUUGCAGAAUAAUAAGUUCAAUGUCAGUUUCUUGUUAGGUUUUUUUUUUUGUUUUUUCUUUCUGUUAACCGGCUGGAAUCAUCUGUCUUCUAGGCUCCUGUCAACAGUGAAAACUUUUGAAAAUUUACAUUCUUCUUUGGUGAGCCAUAUUUUCCAUCCCUGUCAUACACCACUGCUCCUCCUCUGUUCUCAAACACGGAUGCUUUCUUUCAACAACAAAAAAACAAAAGAAAAGCCCAGCUGAGGAGAGGAUGACAGCUGGCUGCUGACACAGCCUGGCGCCAUGUAAACACCCACCAUCUUCACUUCAUUGUGAGACUUUGAUCAGUAGCUUUUACUCGUGUGUGCAGAGUUCAUACUCUUUCGUCGCCUGUCAGUUGGUUUUAUGAUCCGUCGCUGGAAAAACUCCCGACUUCACGUUGCCAAAGGAGCUGUUUUGAUGCCGCGCUCUCAUGUAAUCAUCUCACUUCCAGUUCUGCGACUUGUCGCAAGGUACAGCGGUUCGUCUUGAACGUGGUUACUUCAGUGGUUUAUCCUUGUUUUUUUUUCUAUUGCAAGUUUUGUAGUUUUUGUAACUGUAGAGAUUAUUUUGUCUUCAGAGUAAAUAAAUAUAUUUGAACAAUA